AUGGCCCCGACAAAGCCGAAUCCUCGAACUGUGCUCUUCCUGAAGGAACUCUACAAGAGCUUCCUCUCUGACGAGAACUUUGUGGAGCAGCGGCUGGAGGCCAUAUGCAAAGAGCACAGCAUCGGCCCGAAGAAGCUGGCUCGCUGCCUGAAGCGUGGCAUUGUUCCGGUCAGUUUUUCGUUCGUGGACGUGCGAGGGCGGACCAUCACAGAAGCUGAUGUCGAAAUGAACCCCGUCAACUUCGAGUUCUUGCAGAACUACCUGGGCCUUUUUCCUCAAAUCCCUACGGCGAGAGAAUCUCAGGAAGCACUAUCCAGUCUGGCAAUGGAGUAUGGCAUCGUGUCGAAGAACAUUUCGAAAGGGCAGCUGAAGGACUGGGCAGUGACAGAAACUGGGCUCCACCGAGCCCUCGGGGCUUACGUGCACAGGAGGCUCGGAGCGAACUCCGGGGCGAGGCUUGGGCACGAGAGGAUGGCGAUGUUGAAGCGCAUCGUGAGGAUGGUCCGAGGAAUGAAUCCUGAGGCUGAUCCAAAGAAAAUCCCGUAUGGAAUGGACAAUGACGAAACACAAGUGGUGGCAGGAUAUGAUGAUGAAGACGACGAUGUCAUCAUUGUCGAGCCCCACAAGAGCAUCCUCACUUGCAGCCAAAGUGACAUGGAGGACUCACAAGGUGAGGAAGCUCAAUUUGAGCCGCCUCAACCAGUGACGGAGACUUCGACAUCGGCCCCCGUGCUUCGCAAGGCUGCUGCGAUUCGCAGCUCUCAGUUUUCGAGCUCUGCAGAGUUUCUGGAAGAAGGAGAUGUUCCACGGCCAUCGAGAUCCCCAACACCGUCCCCACCAAGAUCUUCGAUGAAGAAGAGAAGGAGGAAAGAGGGCAUGCUUUCGGAUUCGCCUUCUUCGAAGGCACCUGUUGCUUCGAGCUCAGCACCGGCAAUAUCGGAGAAACAGAGUGAGGAAACACAGGAGGUGGCUGACAAGAAGCAAUUUGGUGUGGAGGUGACCAUGUGCCCGGGGAAUACCCCAGAGAAGUGUCCCAAGCUCGAGGACGCCAAGCCGAUGGAAUUCCCAGAUAGCCAGCCGAUUUUCGAGCCGUGGCCAAUCGAAGUACCGGAUGCCAGUCCUCCCAGUGGCAAACCCAAGGCGGCAGAUGGCGAGCUCACAACAUCAGAUCCAGCAGCAGAUGAGGAUGCUUUUGAUGAGGAUGAUGGGAGGCUGCCGCUGACUUCUGUGCCCUGGCCAGUUUGGCAGACGACAGACCAAAGGCUGGCUGAAGCCGACAAAUUAAUUGAGGAUCUCGAGAAGAAGACAGGCCCCUUAAGCGACAAUGUCUUGCAGGAGCAAAGAAAGCUUCGCAAAACGAUACGUGAAGGGCCAGAAGAAGAAGACGCUGAUGAGGACAAGGGGCCUGAAUCCAAAGCCAAGCCAAAAGCAAAAGCAAAGGCAAAGGCAAAAGCAAAAGCAAAAUCAAAAGGCAAAGCAAAAGCAAAAGCAAAAGCAAAAGGAACACCGGAGACCAAAGCCGUGUUGGAACAUGACAGGGAAGCAGAUGAGGUGUUGAGUGAGGCUUUGGAGCUAGAGCAGGAAGAGCAGGAGGUCAAGAAUGAUGUUCGCCUAGAAGCCGAUGAAGAUGAAAAGCAGCCUAAGAAGAGCAAAGGAAAGAAAAAAAGAGGCAAGAAAAGCAGAGGGCAUCUUCAUGAAGCCGAAGGAAAGGAUAAUGCAGGAGGGUUUGAGGAAGCAGCCCAAGGAAAGGAUGAUGCAGCAGCAGGGUUUGAGGACGAAGCCCAAGGAAAGGAUGAUGCAGCAGGGUUUGAGAAAGAAGCCCAAGGAAAGGAUGAUGCAGCGGGAUGUGGGGAUGGUGAUCAUGCCGCACCCAAGUUGAAAGGUGUAAAGCGCCGCCUCGAGUUCGACAAGUGUGAGGAAGCCGGUGAUGAGCUAUGGCCAGGAGUGGAGGAUCAGGCUUCCACGCGGGACACGUGGGAUGCCAUGGAUGCAGAUGCCGAGCCACCUGCUGGUUUGGUUGUGAAGAAGAAGAAAAGAAAGAUGAAAAAGAAGGGUGGCAGGAAGUCAAAGAGGAUUGUGGCAAAAACCCCAGCGAAAAAGAAUGAUGAUGAGGCAGCCUCGGCUGGGCAGGAUGAGCCCGAGGAGCCGGUGCCGGCUGGAUCACCUGCUGGGGUGGUGCCUGCUUAUUACAAGUCGAGUGGAUGGACCCCUCGGCUAGCAAAGUGUAAGAGGAAGUCCAAGCCAAAGUAUGACACCGACAACCCCAUGCCAAAGUCAAGAAAACAGAUUGAGGCGAAGAAAGAUGUGAUUCUCAAGGACCUCCGACAAUUGCGGUUGUUGGACAAUAGUAUGCUGCUGCCGACAGAUUUUUCGAACAUUGUGUCCUUCACGCUGAAUCCCUCCCCGAAGGUCGUGGAGGAGAAUGGAUAUGAUGGUGAGGGUGCACGCUCCAUCGGGGUGCUGUUACAAGGUGGCUUUUAUGUGGCCAAUGUUCCACCUGCACGUCUCGCUGCUAUCAACAAGUAUACCACGAAUGCCGGUCUCAAGGCAAACAAAAACGACGGUGUGAACCUGUCCUGGAAAAAGGAAGAUCUGGGAGAUCUGCAGAGAGUGUAUAGACUUGCCAAGAAAGUGGCAGGCUGGCUGAAGCCAUACUGGCCUCUUCCGAAGCCCACGAAGAAGUAG